CAAGAUAAUCUGAGAGAGAUACUGAGAGACUACGAUUAAUCCCUGACUCUCUCCAGACCAGAUACAAUUAGGGGGGCUGGAUCUUGAAGACUGUUUAAGAUAAACAGGUAAUAAUACAGUUCAAGCCACAACUUGUACGAAUCAGAGCUCCUGAAGUUAAAUAAAUCUCCGUCUUCAGUGAACAUGGACAAACCGGUUUGUCUCAUUGACACGACGUCAGAUGGGAAGCUGUGUGUACAGGAGUCAGCACUGCAGAUCCUGCAGAAGAUUGAGCAGCCGGUGGUGGUGGUCGCUGUGGUGGGUCUCUACCGCACCGGGAAGUCCUAUCUGAUGAAUCGUCUCGCUGGGAAACAAACAGGGUUUGCACUGGGCAGCACCAUUGAGUCCAAGACGAAGGGUAUCUGGAUGUGGUGUGUGCCCCACCCCGCCAAAAAAGAAACCACUCUGUUGCUUCUGGACACUGAGGGACUUGGAGACGUGGACAAGGGGGACUCAAAGCAUGACACCAAUAUCUUCUGUCUGGCUGUGUUACUGAGCAGCACUCUUGUUUACAACAGUCGAGGAACGAUUGACAACAGGGCUAUUGAGGAGCUGCAAUAUGUUACUGAACUAACAGAGUGCAUUAAGAUCAAAUCAUCAGAUGAGGAAGCAGACGAUUCAAGCCAGUUUGUGAAGUUCUUCCCUAAAUUCAUCUGGGCAGUGAGAGACUUUACCCUUGAGCUUAAGAUCAAUGGCAAAGAUGCAACAGAGAAUGAGUACUUAGAGUUUGCUCUAAAGCUAAAACAUGGCACUUCGAAAAAAGUAAUGGAGUACAAUCUGCCCAGGGAGUGCAUCCAACAAUUCUUCCCUUCUAGGACAUGCUUCACUUUCCCGUUUCCAACUACUCCAGAGAAUGUGUCUUGUCUGGAGAGUUUGGAUCCUGCUGACCUUGAUUCGAAAUUCUUGGAGGUCACAAAUUGUUUCUGCAAGUAUGUCUUUCAGGACAGCCAAGUGAAGAUGCUGAAAGAUGGAUACACAGUCACUGGCAGGGUUUUGGGUAAUCUGGCAAAAAUGUAUGUGGACACAAUCUCUAGUGGGGCUGUACCAUGUCUGGAGAAUGCUGUGAUUGCUAUGGCUAUGAUUGAGAAUGAAGCUGCAGUAAAGGAGGGGCUCGAAGUGUACAAGAGUGGAAUGGAAAAACUGAAGACGUCCUUCCCCCUGGAACUGAAGGAUGUGUCCACUGAACACCAACAUCUCAGCAGCAUGGCAACACAAACCUUCAUGAAACGCUCUUUCAGAGACACUGAUGGAAAGUACCUAAAAUCUCUAGAGGAAAACAUCAAUAAUCUAUUUGAUGGAUACCUUAGCCAUAAUGAGCAAGCUUCGAAGAGAAGUUGUGAGAAUCUUCUGUCAUCCCUCUCUGCAACAAUGACCGAAAAACUCAAGCAAGGGUUCUAUGCCAAACCUGGUGGCUAUGAUCUCUUCUGCAAUGAUCUGGAGGAUAUUGUGGAGAAAUACAAGAGCCAGAGCAAUAAAGAAGUCAAGGCUGAAGAGGUCCUAAAGGACUUUCUGAAACAGAAGUCUGUGGAUUCUAAAGCCAUUCUGCAGGCUGACAAAAAACUGACUGAGAAGGAAAAAAUUAUUAAGGAGGAACAAGAGAAAGCAGCCCUCUUGAACCAGGAAAUCAAAGCUAAAGAGGAGGAGCAGCGGCAACUAGUGGAGAAGAUGGAAGCAGAGAGACGAAGUAAUGAAGAGAGGAUGAUACAGAUGAAGCAGAAGAUGGAUGAAGAGAUUAGGCUUCAGAAAGAGGAGGCUGAGCGUGCCAUGGACAGUAAACUGAAGGAGCAAGCUGCUCUGCUGGAAAAGGGCUUUAAGGACAAGGCAGACAGGAUGACACAAGAGAUUGAAGAGUUCAAGAGACAGAACACUGAAGCUGAGAGUAACAGAGCUAGAGAGUUUGCAGAGAUGUUACAAAACUCCAACAGUAGACACGAGGAGUCUAUUGCUAUGAUGAUGAAGCAACAUAGAGAACAGAUGCAAGCCAUACAAGAGAUGAAUGCACGCUCAGGCGAAUGUUGCAUAUUGUGAAAUCUAUCAUAUCAAUGAUUAACUCAUCAGAAGCAUGUAACUGCACAAAUAAGCUGUAUAAAUCUACAAACAAACAAUAGAAACAGUAAAACAGUCUUCAGUCAUAGUAGAAAAGUUUAAUUUGAUUUUAAUGGCAUAUUAUUUGUGUAAUGUACAUGAAAACUACAAGUUUAUUGCACAUUUCUCAUUCAUUUUAAGCAGUGACAUGAUGCUUAAAUGAAAAUAAAUAAAUAAAUACAAUGUGGGCAUCAACUAAACACAAU